GAAGGGGAGGCACGUUGCUGCCCUCCUCCCUAAAUCCUUUCCCUUGAUGACACCCAGAACUGCCUUGCACUUGAUUCCCUGUUUUAGGGCCUUCCGCCCGGCAUUAGGUCUCAGGAUGAGGGAGGAGAUAAUGUCCUGGGCAGAGGGUAUUGUUGUUAGUGUUCCACCUCAUGUGUGAGCUCCCAGCCCAUUUAGUGCAGGACUCUGGUCUCUGGUGCAGGGGAGAUGAACCACACAUUCCACUGGCUGGUCCUCAUCCCCAUAGGCCAGGUUAAAUUCCCAAGAUUCUUCCAAAGAUACAGAGUUGGUUCCUGUGUACCUUGAGACAGAGGAAGCUCUGGCAACAUCAGUCACCUAGGGUAACCCUGCCCUCUGCUCCUUCCUCAACCUUUCUUUUCUGUUUGUCAUGGACAGGGUAGGCUGUUUGCUCUUCCUAUUAGUAUUGUUUGCUGCGAAGUCCCAGCUUUAUCAUGCACAGAAAAGUCAUCCUCAAAGCCCAGAGCUGGCUCAGAACACACAUUUCACUCGUCUGCCUCUGAGAGCUCGAUUCCCCAACCCCUGCCUUCCACCGCAGCGCACUGUGACAAACAGCCCUGCCUUGGCUCCCUCUACCCCGAAUUUCCCUCAUUCAGCACCCCAGGUGGAAGAAGGGGGAGUUAUCCCAGGGCGCGCUGCAAGGUAUUGGGUGUCAGAGUUCGGCCCUGGGAGCCCAGUGUCUAGUCCUCCAGUCCCAGCUAUAAUUAGCCCGGGGGGGGGGGCACCCCUGGGAACGGGUCAGUUUGGUCUGCACUUCACAGUCCAAGCAGAGCGAGCAAGCAAUCAAGUGAGACAGCCAGAAGGGCUGCUGUUCGUGAGCAGGACUACAAGGACGGGGCGAGAUGGGAGGGUUCUGGCCCUAGGGUACUGGGUCGCUACACACACCUCUUGCAUGCUUUGCUGGGCCCAGUGAACCCCACAGCUGGCACCACACCAUUCUUGGGACGCGACUUUAGGGUGGGGGUAGGAGGCUGAACAGAGGGAGGAACUGGCAGUUCCAAGAACUGGAGACGUAGUUCCUCUGACCUUGUGGGCACAGCUAAGACACCCUUCUCUCUCGCCUGCUCGCCUGCAGCCAUCCAGCGAGCCUGGGCCAUGAGCGUCCCUGCAGCCGCAAGUCACUGCUCCGACCGGGGGUGCGUGCCCUGUCCCGGCCAGAGGGACGGCCUCGCACUCCCUGUGCCUGCCCGAAGAACCCCCUCCUGGCUUUCCUCCCCAGGGGAGGAUCCUGCUUUCCUUUCCUUUCCUCUGGAAGAGCCCGGCUUCACAGCCCUGGUCCCAGAAGCCCUUUCCUCUCCAGCUUCCUCCCUGGAGGAAGAGGGGGACGAGGGUGAGGACUCUGCCGCGGAGCCCGAGGCGCUGUGCAGCGAGGAGCACCCAAGCCAGUUCUUCGCAGAAGCACAGCGGCUGCGGGAGCAGAGGCUGCUGCUGGACGAAGAGGUGUCAGUCGGGGGGCGCGUUUAUGGGGUGCAUCGGGUCAUCUUGGCCGCGGUCAGCAGCCUUUUCCGGGGCAGGCUGCUGGGCGGCGGGGGCUCGCAGGGCUGCCUCAGCCUGGACGUGGCUCCGGGGGGCUGGGAGGCCGUGCUGACCUUCGCCUAUAAGGGGGUGCUGGGCCCCGCCCCGCGGGGGGAAGUGCUGGCUGCGGCGGAAGCCCUGGGAGCGCCCCGGGUGCAGGCCGCAGCCCGGCGGAGGCGCGAGGGCCCCGGGCCCGCCGCGGGAGACGAAGCGCCGCGCAGCCGGGCGGAGGAGCUGCGCGAGAACCUGCGCGGCGUCGAGCGCCUCUUCCGCGAGGGCGUCGGCUGUGACCUGCAGCUGGAGGCGGACGGCUGCCGGCUGCGGGUGCACCGAGCAGCCCUGGCCUGUGGCAGUGAGUUCUUUGGGGCCAUGCUCCUGAGUGGAAUGAGAGAAUCCCAAGGCACUGAGGUAUCUCUGAGCACCAUGUCUUCCCAGGACUUGCGACUCCUUGUCUCUUUCGCCUACUCUGGGGUAGUGUGGGCAAGGUGGCCAGGACUUCUGAGAGCUGCCCAGGCUGCCCUGCAGUACCAAAGUUCUUCCUGCCUGCAUCUGUGUAGUAAGGCCUUGGUGAGAGGCCUCAACCCUGCCCGUUGCCUGGCCUUGUUCCCCGUGGCUGAAGCCCCCGGGUUGGAGAAGCUCUGGAGUAAAGCUCGUCACUAUCUCCUCAGCCACCUGCCUGCUGUGGCUUUGUGCCCUGCUUUUCCUUCUUUACCAGCUGCCUGCCUGGCUGAGCUCCUGGAUAGCGACGAGCUCCAUGUGCAGGAGGAGUUUGAGGCCUUCGUGGCUGCGCGGUGUUGGUUAGCUGCCAACCCUGAGACACAGGAGUCUGAGGCCAAGGCUCUGCUGCGAUGUGUCCGCUUCGGCCGUAUGUCUACCCGAGAGCUGAGAAAAGUGCGGGCAGCUGGGCUCCCCACAUCCCUGCCCCCAGACUUGCUGUACCAGUUGAUGGUGGAGGCUGAGGUUCCAGGUCGAGAGAGGUGGAGAAAGCCUGACCAGGCACUGGUGGUGAUUGGUGGGGAUGAGCUCAGACCUGACAUGGCCCGAAGACAGGCUUCUCAGAAAGUGUGGUGGGCCAGGGCCUUCCACUGUGGCAUGGGACUGGUACGAACUGUGGAGUGGGGACAGUUGCCUGCCCUGCCUGCCCCAGGCCGCUUCCGGCAUGGAGCUGCGAGCCUGGCGGGAAGUGAACUCUAUGUGUGUGGGGGUCAGGAUUUCUACAGCCACUGCAACACUCUGGCUUCAACUCUCAGGUGGGACCCCAGUCAAGAGGACUGGGAAGAGCGGGCACCUUUGUGCCAGGCUCGGAGUUUGUUCCCUCUGGUGGCACUGGAUGGACAACUUUAUGCCCUGGGCGGACGACAUAAUGGUGUUGCCCUUAACUCUGUGGAGACCUACAAUCCUGAGCUCAAUACCUGGAGGUCAGCUCCUGUGCUUCCAGCCCCGCGCUUUGCCCAUGCAGCUGCCAUCUUGGAAGGCCGACUGUACCUGAGUGGUGGCUGUAGUGGAGCUGGCCAUUACUUGGCCUCAUUGCUGCACUAUGACCCCAAAGUGGAGAAGCCAGGAGCGCUUCUGAGUCCAAUGGGGAUACCUCGGGCUGGCCAUGUCAUGGCUGCUCUGGGUGGGCGGUUGUAUGUUGCCGGUGGGCUAGGUGAGACGGGGGAUCUGUUGAGCUUUGAGGCCUAUGAGCCAAGGACCAAUAGCUGGACUCACUUGGCACCUCUGCCAUCCCCCCAUGUGGGUGCUGCAGGUGCCGUGCUGCAGGGAGAGUUACUGGUGAUAGGGGGCUACAGCCACCGUACUUACGCCCUCUCCCACCUGAUCCAUGCUUACUGUCCUGGACUGGGCCGAUGGUUGUGCCUGGGAACUUUGCCAAGGCCUCGGGCUGAAAUGCCUGCCUGCAUCCUGACACUGCCCACGGUGCAGCACACUGCUUUAGCUCCCACCCUGCACCAAACGAAACCUGCUGGGUGACAGGAAAAUAGAAAUGUAUGGAGAGAGGAAGGGAUAUCAUGAAAAACAGACAGAGAUUAUGAAAGUGUGAUUACUAUUCUUGAUAGUAUUUUUACACAGUGGUAGACAACUCUUAAGCUACUUUUAUAUAUAUAUGAUAUCCAUGGAGAGAAAGUGAUUCCAGCACUCCUGGGGGAAGAGCUUUGGGGAAGGAGAGACAACUGAGUAUUUGGGAUUUGUGUUUGUUCAUUUUUUGAGACAGGAUCUUACGAUGUAGUUCAGGCUGGCCUUGAACACUGUAGCCUCACUGCCUCCUACCUCAGCCUCCAAAAUGCUGGGAUCACAGGUGAGUGCCACUAUGCUCAGUGGUAGCUGAAUAGUAGGAUAAGAGAAGAGGCUGGGGCAGGAGGAUCACCUAGAGUUGGAGGCCAACCUGGGCUACACAGUAAGUUCAAGGCCAGUCUGAACUACAUAGCAAGACCCCAUCUAAACAGACACAAACAAACAAACAAAAAAUAGUGAUGUAGGAGUAGUCCUCUAAGACUUAGGGAUUCUUGAGAGGAGAGGUCCAUCUGGUUGGACGAGAGUCAAGAAUAUCCAGUAUGGAGUGGGAAUGUACCUCAUUGAUAGAGCAUCUGCUCAGCAUGCAUGAACAUCUGGGUUCAGUCCCUGGCACAUACAAACACACACACACACACACACACACACACACACACACGAAACCAAAGCUUAGGGGUCCUAAGAGGACAGUUGGAAAAUUAUUCUAAUCCAUGGAUCAAAGAGAAAAAUACAAGCCACUUCUAGUCUAAUCCAUGGUAGCACGUGCUUGAAAUCCCAGCCACUCCAGAGGCUGAGGCAGAAUCACAAAUUUGAGGCUAGCUUGUGCAAUUUAGUGAGACCUUGUCUCGAAAUAAAA